AUGAAGGCGAGUCAAAAUGAACAGCGGCAAAGAAAUGAAGAACUAACUGCUCAAAAUAAGAAGUUGCGUGAAGAUCUAGAUAGGUAUCAGAAAGAACAUGAAGAACAAUUAAAACAAAUGACAAAACUCUUGACAGAACUGAAAGAUCAGAAAUUGAAUUCGUUCGAAGCUAUCGAAACACAUAAUAAAAGAGCAAAAGAAGCACUCGUUCAAUUAGCACAACAAGCUAAGCCGAUAGGAAUGACCGGUAACAAUGUAGCCCUAUUCGGUUUAACAUCAACAGGAAAAUCAACAAUGCUCAAUAGUCUUCUUGGUGAAAAAAAAGCUGCAACAGGUGUUGGUGAAACAACUUUAGAAGUUGCAUCAUAUGCUGGACGAAAUUUCGUUCUUUGGGAUAUUCCUGGUCGAAAUGAUGAAAUAUCGUAUAUGAGUAUGCAAUAUAUGUCAGUCUUCACAGGAUUAACCCCACGUCCUGUUCUUGU